AUGUGCCGUGUCGAGCCAGCCGGCCGCACCUUUCCACGGGGCGCGCCGGCCAGGGCCGGCAGCCCGGCCGAAGCCUCCCAGUCCCCACACACCGGCAACCCUGGCCAGCAAACCUGGCCCGGCCCGGGGGCCCGGAGUGUUUCCGGGACCCCGAGCGGCCGGUCGGGCGUGCAUGCCUGGGCUUGGGGUUGGGGUGAGGGGUGCGGAGGUCUCGGCGCCCUCCCGCCCUGGGCCUCUCCAGGCCCGCCCACUGUCAGCGCCCCCCCCCGCCACCCACUCCCGUUCGUGGCUCAGGGCCACGUGGCCCCGGAGGUGUCUGAUUCGGGCCCGCCGCGGACCGCGGCCCUCGGUCCUCUGAGCCUCCCUCGGGCAUAG